AACAGUUGUCUCGCGACGUAUAACUCGGAUCACCUGUGCGCCAUCUAUGAGACGAAGAAAAAGCGUCACGUGACCGCUCGCGCGGCAUCGCUUGUUCCACAGCGACUGCUGGAGCGAUGUCCUCCGAAAAGUACUCAGCCACAACUUAUCAAGGCGUCCUCGAAAAAGCCAACGAGCAAGCGACCAAGGCAGAACAACAUGACCGCGAGAAGAAACUUCCCGAAGCCUUCCGCAUGUACAAACUCACCUUACAGACGUACUUGACCGUCAUUGAAGAGAUGCUCUUCCAGUGCAUCCGUUUCCAGGAGAGGAACGAGGACCUCUUGCGGGCCAUCACCUCCUCCGACAAGUACCGCAAGAUUCCUAACCAACCUGAAAAAAAGGCGGAACCCGACGCUACGGACUUCGAGCCCACUUCCAACAUGCAUAGGCUUCCGGGUGUCCUGGCACUGACACCCGAUAAGCCCGUCAAGUGGACCGACAUCAUUGGCCACGAAACACCCAAGUUCAUCCUCAAGUUGGCCGUUCUUGAUCGGUGUCCUUUAAAGCAUCCCAUUAUGUUUACCGGCAAGAGGAAGACCCUUAAGAGCAUGCUCCUUUUUGGACCGAGCGGCUGUGGCAAGACUUACCUCACCAAAGCUCUAUGCGGUAUGGCCAAGGAUUGGGUCACGGUAGACGUCAGCGUUCCGGGCAUGGUACGAGACGCUCCUGAAGGUGCAGAGGACGUCUACGUGAAAAGUAUCUUCAAGUCUGCGCGACUCUGUAAUUGGUGUGUCCUGUGCUUACAAGACGUCCACGAAAUCUUUGUGCCAUCUACGAAGCCAGAAGACGAGCAGAGGUACCAGAAGAUCAAAGAUGGCAUUAUAGGCGAACUCAAGUACAUUAACGACACAUUCGCUGCUGAGAUCACCUUGGUUGUAGCGACUACCAACAACCCAAGUGCGUUGGACUCCAUUUUCGUGAACGCAUUUCAGAAGAAGAUUUACCUUCCAUUACCGCGACCCGAAGAAAGGUUGAAGUUGCUGAAACAACACGUCGGAAAGGCGCAAAACAACCUCACGGAUGAACAGUGGUUUGAACUGGUGGAUAAAACGUCGGGGUUUUGUGGGGAAGACAUCCUGGAAUUGGUUCUACAGACGCACAAGGAUACUGGUGAACUGGCAGCUGCGGAUCUGGAGGGAGCCAUCGACAAGUUUAAGCCACGAAACGCCCCAGAGGACGUUCAAGCGUGCAUGAAGUUUAAAGAGGAGUAUGCCAACACUGCACCCUAACGCAUUUGAUUCCAUUAAAGAGUUGCUUUAUGACAUCAAA